CUCCAGUGAAAUGUUGUCUACAGAACGUAACUGUGUUUCACACAAGCCUUAAGUGAGUGACCUUGAUCGAUAAUUUUUUUUGAGUUCUCAAGAACUCUUCGCAGACGGAGUUAUUGUUUUUUUUUUUAUUUGCACUAAGUAACAAUUGUUUAAUUGAGAAUAAGUUUUGGAGGUUUGUUUUGCUUUUUUUGGAAAAAUGAAAAGCACCAUUGUUAUUUUUGGGCUUUUGCUGGCGAGUGCGCACUGUUUUCCAGGAGUGUCACGUGAUCCGGAAGAUUCGAGCGAGUCAAACAAGCAAAAGUCGCAAAUUGAAUUGAUACUUCCAGAAGAAGAUCGUAAAAAUUUCGGAGAACUUCCUAAUUUUGAUGAUGACGGUGGAUUCAGGUUUACACCAAUCAAAUUCAAUUUCCGUCCGAUUCAAACUGAUGAUUCAUUUAUUCCAUUUUUCUCUGGCUUCCAAGAUAUGGUGAAGCAAAUGAGAGAAGAAAUGAAUAAAAUGUUCGCUGGAUUUCCAAGCCUUGAUGAUUUAAAACCAUUAGGAGGAAUCCCAAAGGACGCGAUCAACAAAACCAGCUCGAAAUCCGAAACUAAAGUGAUUAACGGACACAAAGUAACGAUUAACGAAACUACUUUCUCGGACGGCACAAACAACUCGAACACCUUCGUCAGAUUCAAAGUAAUCCACGUAAGGCCCGAAAAUGAAACUUCUGUGGAAACAGGUAGCGACACCAGUCCAGAAAGUGUCGAAGUUGUUGAGACUGAAGUUGAUGAGGAACCGAACCCAACCUCCAAAGAUGAAACAACGAACAGAAGCGUCGAAGCCGUCGAGGAUUGGAAAAACGACAUUCCCGAUUCGCCGGUAGACGACCUCAAGGCUUAACUUUCUUCAUUAUUUACUGUAUAUUUUUUUAUCCAUAUUUUAUAUUCCCAUGUAAUAGUAUUAAUAAGUUACAAUUUUAUCAGUAAGAUGAUUAUUAUUAUUAAUCAUUAAUUGUUAUGUUGAAGAUUUAAUAAUAAAUACAUGUAUUUAUUUUU